CAUGCGUAUUUCAAAUGGAAGCCGGAAGUUCUCCCCGUUCCUAAUCGUGGCUCAGCUCUGCUGCUCAGAUGACAGGCGGAGAAAGGAGCCCAGAGCAGGAGGAAGGAAUGACCUCUGAUCUCCUGUCAGACAGAGACCAGGAAUCAAUAACAUUCAAGGAUGUGGCUGUGGACUUUACUGAAGAAGAAUGGAGGGAGCUGGACCCAGCACAGAGGGACCUGUACAGGGAUGUGAUGCUGGAGAACUAUAAGAACCUGGUUUCCUUGGGAUUGUCAGUUUUUAAACCCCAUGUGAUAUCCCAGCUGGAGCAAGGGGAAGAACUCUGGAUAUCAGAGACAGAAGUCCCUCAAGUGGUUUGUCCAGAUUCCAUUGCUCUGAAGACAAAGUGUCAAAACUUAGAGUGGCCUCCAAAUCAGGUGGUUUUUCUGGGAGAGCUUUCUACGGAGAUAGUCACCAAGAACGUUCCCUGUGCUUCAAAAUUGGCAGGAGCAUGGGAGUGUGAUAUUAGGACAGAGAACCAGAAAGGUAACUGUAAUAGAGAGUCUGAGGAAGUAACAAGAAUUCAGAGAAAAACAAAUGAUGAGUUAAAGGCUCAUGAAUAUAAUACAUUUGGGAAGAGGUUUAGUCUAGUGUCCCUCAUUGUUCCACCACAGAGACUUCCAACAGGAAAAAUACUCCAGAAAUAUGAUAUACUUGAUAAGAGUUUCAAUGAGUUUUCAGACCUAAAUAAAAACAAUAGAAUUCCAUCUUCUUUUUGUAAGGAUCAUAAAUCCAGGAAGCCUUUCACUUACCACUCAGAUCUUAUUCAGAUUCAUAGAAUACCUACUGGACAGAGACUAUAUGAAUGUCAUGAAUGUGGGAAAUCCUUCACCAACAACUCAGUCCUUAGAAACUACCUCAGAAUCCACACCAGAGAGAAACCUUACAAAUGUAAUGCACAUGGUAAAGCAUUUAAGCUGAAACACUCUGCUCAUGAACAUCAGAAAACUCUUUUCAAGACAAGAGAGAAACCCUACAGAUGUAAUGAAUGUGGAAAAACCUUUAAGCACAGGUGCAUACUUACUGAACAUCAGAGAAUUCAUACUGGAGAGAAGCCUUAUCAUUGUACUGACUGUGGGAAAACAUUUACCCACAGGGCAUCACUAUUUGUGCAUCAAAGAAUUCAUGCUGGAGAAAAACCAUAUAAAUGUACUGACUGUGGGAAAGCCUUUGCCCACCGGGCAACACUUAUUGACCAUCAGAGAAUUCAUACCGGAGAGAAGCCCUUUAAAUGUACUGAAUGUGGGAAAACAUUCAACCGUAGGUCAUCAUUUAGUACUCAUCAGAAAAUUCAUACUGGAGAAAAACCAUAUAAAUGUACUGAAUGUGGGAAAGCCUUUGCCCACAAGGCAACAUUUAAUGAACAUCAGAUUGUUCAUAGUACAGAGAAACCUUACAAAUGUAAUGAAUGUGGGAAAACUUUUAGCCGAAAGAGCUAUCUUACUGACCAUCAGAGAAUUCAUAGUGGAGAGAAGAUUUUUACAUGUACUGAAUGUGGGAAAUCUUUCAGCCUGAGGCCAUCCCUUAUUAUGCAUAGGAAGAUUCAUACUGGAGAAAAACCAUACAAAUGUCCUGACUGUGGGAAAGCCUUUAUAUACAAGGGAGCAUUCAAUGAACAUCAGAAAAUUCAUAGUGGAGAGAAGCCUUUUAAAUGUACUGAAUGUGGGAAAGCCUUUACCAGCAGGGUAAUACUUAGGCAACACCAGAGGAUUCAUAUUAGAGAGAAACCUUUUAUCUGUAAUGAAUGUGGUAAAAGCUUUACCAGGAAGUCCAGUCUUAAUAAACAUAAGAGAACUCAUAUGGGGAAAAGGGUUUAUGAACAUCCUAAAUGUGGGGAAACAUUCCGCUAUAAGAAAUUGCUUACUCUACAUGAGAGAAAUGAUACUGAUGAAAAAGAUUUAGAAUGUAAGGAGUGUGGCAAAAUCUUCAAACAGAGGAGCUAUCUUACUGUUCAUCAAAUGAUUCAUACUGGAGAGAAACCUUUUGAAUGUACUCAAUGUAAGAAAACUUUCAGCCAUAGGGGAUCUUUUAGUCGGCAUAAAAAAAGUCAUGCUGAAGACAAAUCUUUUAAAUGUACACAAUGUGAGAAAGCUUUCAGUCUAAAUUCAUCUCUUACUCGACAUCAGAAAAUUCAUACUGGAGAGAAGCCUUUUGAAUGUACUCAAUGUAGGAAAGCCUUUGCCCUCAAGAGAUAUCUUGUUGUACAUCAGAGAAUUCAUACUGGAGAGAAACCAUAUAAAUGUACUCAGUGUGGAAAAGCUUUCUGCCACCAUUCAAAUCUUGUUAUACAUGAGAGAAUUCAUACUGGAGAGAAACCUUUUAAAUGUAGUGAUUGUGGGAAAACAUUCCGCCAAAGUAGGUCUCUUACUAUACAUCAGAGAAUUCAUACUGGAGAGAGGCCUUUUGAAUGUGCUCAGUGUGGGAAAGCAUAUACCCUUAGAGGAAACCUUACUGUGCAUCAGAAAAUUCAUAUUAGAUAGUAAUCCUUGUAAACUUAGGCAAAUGCUUUAUUGAGUUCAAAUCUCUUUCCCCAAAGGGAAAACCAUAACAUGCAAAGGCCAGCUCCUGAGAUCUAAAUCUCCUUUCUAAAAGGAAAAGAAACCAGAGAAAGACAAUGCCUGUGAACAUUAAAAGAAAGGUUUUAUUUAGUAAGGAAGGUAAUUUAACAGGAUCAUGGGUACUAUCCAGACUCUUGUCAAAUAGUACCCUAGAUAAUAGAUUGCAGGGGUUUAUAUACAAUUUAAACAAAGGAAAAAUAUCAGUUGCUCAUGGAUAGGGCUAGCUAAUAUAAUAAAAAUGACAAUUCUACCUAAAUUAAUUUAUGCAAUGCCAUACCAAUCAGACUACCUUAAAAU